CGUACUCUUCAUACAUACCGCGCGCAUAUUUUCUUCACCUAGAUUCCUCUGCGUCCUCCUUCUCCUCCAUCGCUAUCUCUCAUUGCUCCUCUACCCUACGCUGCAUACAAAUAUCCUUCACUCUCUAUUCAACACACCAGCAUCCAUCCAUUGACCAUUCCACUCCUCACCAUGCCAACAUCCUCUCACUGAUCCCUCAGCAUGCAAACAUCCUCCUUGAUCCACACAGCUGCACACAUCCCACUCCAACACCCUACCAACCAACACGCGUCAGCACCAUCAAUUACCCACAUACACACACGCACCACGUUUUACCGCACACAACCUCCUCCCUCACCCAACAAGCAUAUCAACAAAAACUCUCCAUCAUGACCCCUCGUCCCACAUCACCAAUGCACAGCACACCUGUCCUUUCUUACCACCCUCCAUCCGACGAUAAAUAAUCCUGCGUUAAUAGCCACGGUCAGGUCAUCACAUUGUUAAGUUCAAAUGUCGUUUAGUUGUGAAACAAAUAGUGUCUGUGUCAUAGCACAGACGCGUGGAAGC